GGAGACUUAAUGACCCGAGGCAGGUGUCGGUAAAGGUAUAUAAACGGCGCACUUGAGGGGACCACCAAACACACCCUUGACGGACUCCCUCUGAGGCAGAUUAUCUUCGCUACUCCUACAACAUGAGGUUCGUGUUCGGGUUCCUGGUUGUCGUGGGGCUGGCAGGCGCCGCCCUCUCCCUCUACGUGCCCGGGACGAAGCAGGAUAACGCCCUCCUCGAAAAGGAGGUUGGCGCCACUUUGAAGGAAUAUGAGGCUGCUCUGUGGAAUGACGAUGCAAGGAUGGGUCUGAUGAGGGAUAGUGGCGAGGACAGCGACAGUGACAGCGACGAAGAGAGCGACAGUGUCAGCGACGAGGACACCAGUGAAGAAGACUCCAGAGCUAUGAGAGACGACAGUGUCAGCGACAGUGUCAGCGAAGAAGACAGCGACAGUGUCAGCGACGAGGACAGCAGUGAAGAAGACUCCAGAGCUAUGAGAGACGACAGUGACAGCGACAGCGACAGUGUCAGCGACGAGGACAGCAGUGAAGAAGACUCCAGAGCUAUGAGAGACGACAGUGACAGCGACAGUGUCAGCGAAGAAGACAGCGACAGUGUCAGCGACGAGGACAGCAGUGAAGAAGACUCCAGAGCUAUGAGAGACGACAGUGACAGCGACAGUGUCAGCGAAGAAGACAGCGACAGUGUCAGCGACAGUGUCAGCGAAGAAGACAGCGACAGUGUCAGCGACGAGGACAGCAGUGAAGAAGACUCCAGAGCUAUGAGAGACGACAGUGACAGCGACAGUGUCAGCGAAGAAGACAGCGACAGUGUCAGCGACGAGGACAGCAGUGAAGAAGACUCCAGAGCUAUGAGAGACGACAGUGUCAGCGACAGUGUCAGCGAAGAAGACAGCGACAGUGUCAGCGACGAGGACAGCAGUGAAGAAGACUCCAGAGCUAUGAGAGACGACAGUGACAGCGACAGUGUCAGCGAAGAAGACAGCGACAGUGUCAGCGACAAAGACAGCGACAGUGUCAGCGAAGAAGACAGCGACAGUGUCAGCAACGAGAAUAGCAGCGAAUAAGACUCAAGAGCUCUGAAACGACAGCCCGCCUCGCCCCUGAGGCAGGCGGGCAUGCAGUCACGGGAGGCAACACACGCCAGCCCUGCAUGGUGGACGCCGCGGCACACGCCUGCACAAACACGCACUCCUCUACACCGCACCAAAGUUCACUUGGACUGCUGAGCGGGACGCAAACUUGUUCCUUCACCUCACUUUGUUUUGAGCCAUGAACGUCAGUCACUUCACCGCCCGUCCCCCGGCAGCCACAACUACAACGAUGACGACAACACCAACAGCAUCAACAACAACAGCAACGUCAACGAAACUCCAACAUCAACGACAAUACUAAAUCGAUACCAUUAUCAUUAAAGCGGUAAAGCAACAGCAACAAAGCAACGAAAACACCGGCUAUUUACAUCGUCAGGAAAAUUGUAAACCAAUGCAUUUUGUCUCCUACGAAAUAAAGGUGUGACGUUG